AUGAACGCCAUCCAACCCCAAUACGAGCUGUCUGUGGUCACCCAAUGUUUGAAAUAUGCAAUUGAUAUCAUCCAAUGGUUGAUCCCGGCAAUCACCAAGUUCAGCCAGUCUCACCCUUUGGUCUUUCAACUCUCGUUCAUUUCCUUUACUUUGUACGUCUUUUACAAUUUGCUAAUGAACCUGAUCACCCUGGUUAAGAGAUUCCUGUAUGUGGCGUUAGUCGUAUCCUGCAUCGGAAUUUACUUACGUGGUUCCCAGCAGUUUUUGACUGUUGACUUGAUGAAUUUCUAUAACUUCGCCAUGUCCAACAGGUACUACGCAUUCAAGAUCUAUACACUAUUUAUUAAUGCCUUGGAAAAGGAAGCCAACGCUGUCUAUCACCUGGCUCAAACGAAAGUACAACAAUUGUUCAAAUAG